AUGAAAGCUAUUCUACAGCGUGUCCUAUCUGCUUCGGUGACGGUAGAAAAAGAGGUGGUGUCAUCGAUAGGCAAAGGAGUCUUAGUAUUCGCCGCAGUAGCCCCUGGCGAUACGGAGAAGGAGGCAGAGGCCCUCGCAGCUAAAUUGUUGAAACUAAAGUUGUGGGAUGACGAUACCGGAGGAAGAUGGAAGAAGAGCGUGGUGAAUAUUGGUGGUGAGGUCCUUUGCGUUUCUCAAUUUACCUUGCUUGCCUCUACUAAGAAGGGCAACAAGCCCGACUUCCACGGAGCCAUGGGAGGAGAAGAGGCCAAGAGACUUUAUGAGUAUUUUUUCCAAAAAGUCGAGCAAGGUUAUAUAGCCGAUAAGGUAAAGAACGGAGUGUUUCAGGCCAUGAUGGAAGUCGCCUUAGUAAAUGAUGGGCCUGUCACAUUGGAGCUGUCAGCUGCCCCGAAACCUACACUCGCGCCAGCGCCUACAGAGACGCCAGCUCCAGCAUCGGGGCCAAGUCAAUAA